AUGCUGACGGACCGGAGAUCGCGCCUAAGAACGGCCCUUUGGGUGCCGUCCAAUACGGCCCUUUGGGCUCCGUCCAAUAUAGCCCUUUGGGCGCUUGUGCUGGUGGCCUUGGGCGCUGGAUGGGCGCGCGGGGAGUCGCUCACGCCGCCCUAUUUCAACCUGGCCGAAGGGAAGAAUAUAACUGCGAGCGCCACGUGCGGCGAGGACAUCGAAGGGCCCGAGCUGUUCUGCAAGCUGAUCGGCGCCAACUCCGAGAACGACUUGACGGUGAACGUUAUCCAAGGGCAGUAUUGUGAUAGUUGUGAUCCAGCUAGGCCUGACAAGAGGCACCCCCCAGAAUAUGCUGUGGAUGGUACGGAAAACUGGUGGCAAAGUCCCCCAUUAUCCAGAGGAAUGAAAUACAACGAAGUUAACCUCACUAUUGAUUUUGGUCAGGAAUUCCACGUUGCCUAUGUUUACAUAAAAAUGGCCAACUCUCCUAGACCCGGUUUGUGGAUACUUGAAAAAUCCGCAGAUUACGGAUCAUCUUGGCAACCGUGGCAAUACUUUUCCGACUCUCCAUCUGACUGCGAGACAUUUUUCGGAAAGGAAAGCUUACAGCCCAUCUCCAGAGAUGAUUCUGUUAUAUGCAGUACAGAAUAUUCGAAAAUAGUACCUCUAGAAGGGGGAGAGAUACCUAUUUCUCUACUCAACAAAAGACCUUCAGCUAAUUAUUACUUUAAUUCCACUGUUCUGCAAGAAUGGACUAGAGCCACCAAUGUCAGGCUAAGGUUUUUGAGAACCAAAAAUUUACUAGGGCAUCUUAUGUCAGUGGCCCGACAGGAUCCGACAGUAACUAGAAGAUAUUUCUACUCAAUCAAAGAAAUCAGUAUUGGAGGUAGAUGCAUGUGCAAUGGCCAUGCUGAUGCCUGUGAUAUUCCUGAUCCAAGAGACAACAGAGUGUUACUCUGUAGAUGUAAGCACAAUACAUGUGGAGCUAAAUGUGACCAGUGUUGCCCAGGAUUCGAACAGAAAGCAUGGAGACAGUCUAAACAUUAUCUUCCAUUCUCUUGUGAAAGUUGUAACUGUUUUGAUCACAGCAACGAGUGUAUAUAUGAUGAAGAAACCGAUAGACAACAUUUGUCCCUCGACAUACAUGGUAAAUACGAUGGUGGGGGUGUGUGCCAAAAUUGUCAACAUAAUACUGAAGGAAUAAACUGUAAUAAGUGCAAAUCCAGAUAUUUCAGGCCAUAUAACAAGCAUUGGAACGAAACUGACGUUUGUCAACCCUGUCAGUGUGACAAAUUUUACUCCACCGGCAACUGUGCAGAAGGUUCUGGACGUUGUGAAUGCAGAAAAGAAUUCACCCCUCCGAAUUGUGACAAAUGUAGCUUCGGUUAUUAUGGCUAUCCCGACUGCAAACCCUGUGAAUGCUUCCUGAACGGUACAACAGAACUACAGUGUUCUGCUCGUGACGGAGGUUGUAGCUGUUUACCGAACUUCGGUGGGACUUUCUGCAAGGAAUGUGCUCCUGGAUACUUCAAUUUCCCAGAAUGUACCCGAUGCAAGUGUGAUAGUUUAGGAUCUGUGUCCGAAACAUGCGAUCAAAUCACAGGAAACUGUACUUGUAGGAACAAGUAUGCAGGUGCUAAAUGUGAGCAAUGUAGGGAUGGAUACUUCUAUACCAACUAUGAUUGUGUCUAUUGUAAUUGUGAUACGAGUGGUACAGAACCGGAAAUUUGCAACAAAGAAAACGGCCAGUGCAUCUGCAAACCCGGAUACGGGGGCGAUAGAUGCGACGUGUGUAUCUUAGGGUAUUAUGGCUACCCUGACUGCAAACCCUGCGAAUGCAGCAAAGUCGGAUCUCAUGGAACCACGUGCAGCAGUUCCGGGAAGUGUUCUUGCCUCUUCAACUAUGCUGGAAGAACAUGUGAUCAAUGUAGUCCUGGAUAUUUCAACUACUCUUCUUGUGCACCUUGUGAAUGUGACUAUCACGGUUCCAACGGGAUAUCCUGCGACCAACUCGGCAAAUGUGAAUGUCACAAAAACUUUGCUGGACAACAUUGUGACACUUGUAGGGAGGGCUACUAUAAUUUCCCUGUAUGUGAAGACUGCAACUGCCACCCGGCGGGCGUAGCCGAGGGCUUCGCGGGCUGCGGCAGCGCCCCCGCCGGCGAGUUGUGUCAGUGCAAGGAACGCGUCGAGGGCCGCAUCUGCGACAAGUGCCGCCCGCUCUUCUGGAACCUCAACGCCGACAAUCCAGAGGGGUGCGAGGAGUGCAGGUGCCACGGGCCGGGCGUGCUGGGCGGCAUCGGGGUGUGCGACGCCGAGGAUGGGCAGUGCGCGUGCAAACCGAGCGCGGUGGCGCGCGGGUGCAGCGAAUGCGCGGACGGCACGUGGGGCCUAAGGGCGGACGAUCUCUUCGGCUGUACGGAUUGUGGAUGUGAUGUUGGAGGAUCCUUCAGCAACAUUUGCAACAAAAAGACCGGCCAAUGCGCCUGUCAAUCGCGCGUCACAGGCCGCACGUGCAAAGAACCCCUACAAGCCCACUAUUUCCCUACUCUCUACCAAUACCAGUACGAAGUUGAGGAAGGUACAACGCCGACCAACAGCAGAGUCAGAUACGCCCACGACGAAUUCGUCUUCCCCAACUAUUCCUGGAAGGGCUACGCCGUGUUCUCGCCAUUCUUACAAAGAGAAGUCAUCCAAACCAUCUACAUCACCAAGCCAUCCCUAUACCGCAUAGUGUUCAGAUUCGUCAACACCAACCCCAAUACCGUGAUCGGGGGUAUCAGGAUCAUUCCGGAGAAUCCCAACGAUAUCGAGCAGUAUGUGAAGGUGCAGUUCAGAAACACGUCGCAACCUGACUUCGUGACGGUGUCUGGGGAAACUGGGAAUGUGCCGAAGCCGUUCGUCAUGAAUCCUGGAAAAUGGUCUGUCAGCAUAAAUGUCAACCAAAGCGUUUUUCUGGAUUACUUCGUUCUGCUUCCUGAAGAUUUCUUCAUGGCAACGAUUUUGAAUCAGAAGGUAGAAAGAGCUUGCACUCUAAACGAAAUGGACCUGUGUCGUCAUUAUGCCUACCCGAACGUGUCAUAUUAUGACAGAUCUCUGGGUUUGGGUGGAUUUGGUCCCAAUAAUAAACGUCUCGAUACCUGGUUUGAGGACACAACUCACUUGAACAAACUCAACCUGAACGGCAGAGUUCCUCUAUUGAGUUCAAGUCAACCGGAAAUAACCUUAAAUAUUAGCGUACACAAACCUGGUCGCUAUGUCAUUGUGGUUGACUACAUCACACCAUUGGAUGACACUCGCAGCGCUAAUGUCACAGUGAUCUCUAAAGGAUUCGGAAAUGGCAAUCUCAUAUUGUAUUCUUGCCCUUAUUCAACUAUGUGUCGCCAAGUGGUUAUUGACGGAAGGAUGGCUGUUGCGGUUUACUCUACCAGUGAAAAUUUCAUAGUUGUCACUCUACAGGGCGUUCAAUCUAACGUUGGUAUCCAUUCUGUGUACGCUAUACCAUACGAGGAGUGGUCACUGGAUUUCAUCAAACCCAGACCGGUUUGUAUCCGAAAAAAUGGAAAAUGCCAUCCAUCAUUGUUCCGAGAUCCACCGGAAAGCAAGAAAAUUCAAUUCGAGCUGGAAAUGGAGGGAGAAUUAGGAAAGAAUCGACCUCCUGUCAAGGUCAAUAAUGAAACUUCUUACAUGUGGUUGAACCCGAACGAUGCAACGAUAGAUUUGAAAGGAAAAGUAUCUGUUCCUGGAUACUAUUCAUUCAUUCUUCACUAUUAUCAGCCACAAUUCCCAGUAUUCAAUUUGGAUGUGAUUAUCCAAAAUGGUCAAUUCUAUGAAGCCAGAGUUCCAGUUGAAUACUGUCCUUCUGAGUCUGGAUGCAGGGCUGUCAUCACCCAGAUCGAUGGAAACAACAAGUUCUCACUUACUGAAAAUUUCAUGAUGAAUCUGAAGCAACCAGGCAACAAAAAUGUCUAUCUUGAUUACCUUCUGGUUGUACCAACAGAUUUCUAUAACGAGAAAAACCUGGAAGAAAUUGAUCUUGACAGAACUUCUGAAUUUUUGUCGAUGUGUGCUGGUAACCAUUUCAAUAUUGACACCAGUGUUGAAGGUUUCUGCCGAGAUUCCGCGUUCUCCAUCACGGCCGCCCACAACUCGGGCGCCCAGCCGUGCCAGUGCGAUUUCUACGGCUCGCUCAGCUUCGAGUGCGAAAAGUUCGGCGGCCAGUGCCAGUGCAAGGCGAACAUCAUCGGCCGCCAGUGCCAGGCGUGCAAGACCGGCUACUACGGCUUCCCGGAUUGCCAGCCGUGCGACUGCCCGUCGACGGCCUACUGCGACCCUGACAGGGGCACCUGCAUCUGCCCGCCGCACGUGACCGGCCCGAAUUGCGACCAGUGCGAGGAGUUCACGUACGGAUAUGAUCCGAUCAUAGGGUGCGAGGACUGCAAGUGCAACUAUUUGGGGGUGGCGGGGUCGUCACAGUGCGAUCUGUUGAGCGGGGAGUGCCAAUGCAAGGAAAACAUCGUAGGCCGCCCAUGCGACAAAUGCAAAGCUGGACAUUACUCCUUUCCAUACUGUGAAUCUUGCGAGUGCGACAUUAGCGGUACUACCCUCGAUAUUUGCGAUCAACAAUCUGCCGAAUGUUUCUGUAAGAAAAACGUCGUUGGGCCCCGGUGUGAUUUUUGUAGAGAAGGAUCUUUCAACCUACAGGCUGCUAACGAAGAAGGUUGCACAGAGUGUUUCUGUUUUGGAAAAACCACUAGAUGCACCAGCUCCCAACUAAUUAAGGUUUCCCUUAACAUAAUGAGAGACUGGGAACUUGUAACAGUGAUAGUUGACGAAGAACUCAAUGUGAUCAGUUUAAAUACUUCCCUGCAAAAUAUGGACGACAAUGAUAAUGUAAUAGGGGUCGAUUUUUCAUAUAUCAAUACAACUUCGGCAUACUUUUCCGCACCGACCGACUAUCUCGGCCCAAAACUGACCUCCUACGGUGGCUUUCUCAACUACACCAUCUACUAUAUCAUUGGAAAACAGGGUAGCGCGGUUAGUGGACCAGAUGUUAUUCUCCAUGGAGCUAACAUUCAUUUGGAAUACUUCAACUACGAACAGCCACCGCCUGACACCGAGUUUUUGUUCUCUCUGCAAUUGGUCGAAAGCAAUUUCGUGUUACCGUCUGGGACUCCGGCGAAAAGGGAGCAUAUCAUGGAGGUUUUGAGGGAUUUGAGAGGCGUUUACCUGAGAGCUACCUACUGGACAGUUAGUGAGACAACGAGGUUAUUCAACGUUAUCUUGGAUGAAGCGUAUGAGCCAGAUCCGCAGAAUAAUUAUGAACAUGCUCCUCUAUCUUUAUCAGUAGAGCAGUGUUUGUGUCCUCCUAACUACCAAGGUUUAUCAUGUGAAGAAUGCGCUCCAGGUUACUACAGGAUCCAAUCCGGACCACAUGGAGGUUUUUGUGUUCCCUGCGAUUGUCACGGACAUGCUACUGAGUGUGACGUCAACACUGGAGUCUGUUUGGAUUGUAUCCAUAACACUAGAGGUGACCACUGUGAUCUUUGCGAUGUUGGCUACCAUGGAAAUGCUCUAGCUGGCACCCCAAUGGAUUGUUUGAUAUGCGCUUGUCCAUUACCAAUCAAAAGCAAUAAUUUUGCAACUUCUUGCGACCUGAGCUCUGAUGGAGAAAAGAUCAGCUGUGAGUGUACUUCUGGUUAUAUUGGGGCUAGAUGCGAAUCAUGUGCUCCUGGAUUUUAUGGUAGACCAGAACAGGCUGGUGACCACUGUAAGCCUUGUCAGUGCUCUGGAAAUAUCAACCCAAGUGAUCCAGCUUCUUGCGACACCGUCACUGGAUCAUGUUUGAGGUGUUUGAACAACACGUUCGGAGAGGCUUGCGCCAUGUGUGCUCCUGGAUUCUUUGGAGAUGCUGUAAACUUGAAAGACUGUCAAACUUGCGUUUGUGAUGAUCAAGGAACAGAACGCUGUGAUAGUUAUACUGGAAAAUGUGUUUGCAAACCCAAUGUCAUUGGUGACAGAUGUAACCAAUGUGCACCUGAACAUUAUGGCUACCAUACAGGCCAAGGUUGUACUCCAUGCGAUUGUGCUGAGGCUUCUGACAGUGAUCAGUGUGAAGAUCUACAAGGGCAGUGUAAGUGUAAGCCAGGAGUCACGGGAAGAUCUUGUGAUCGAUGUGCUGGUGGUUAUUGGAAUUAUACAUCAGAAGGAUGUACAUCAUGUGGUUGUAAAUCUGAAUACUCGCUUGGCUUCGGUUGCAAUGCCCUAACUGGUCAAUGUGAAUGCCUUCAGGGAGUUAUAGGAGAAAAAUGUGAUCAAUGCCCUGUCAGAUGGGCAUUCGUACCAGAUAUUGGCUGCCACCAGUGUGACAGCUGUCAUCACGCCCUCUUGGACGAAACUGACCAGUUGUCACUUAUAAUUGACCCUGUUAUUUUCGAUUUUGAUUCAACCCAAUCUGGUUAUUUCACGAGAAGAAGAUUAGAGAAUAUGAAGGAACAACUAGAAAAGUUGAAACCCAUUUUCGACGAAGUCAAUCCAAAUCACAUAAAUUUGAAUGCCACCAUACAGGAGUUGGAAAGCUUAGAACAGGAUUCCAAGAAUCUGAACCGAAAGUCCAACUAUUCACUGGAAAACAGUGAGAGUUUGAAAAAUCAAUCCAACGGGUUGAAAGACAAAAUUGAAAUUUUGCUGGAUGAAAUAUCUGAUGUGGAAGAAGAUUCUAUCAGGACUGCAGAAAAUAUCGAAAAAAUAUUCACUGAACUACAUCAAGCAGCAGGUGCAGAAGUCGACAAAGCUCUGAAAGAAGGGCAGGCAAUUUAUGACAUAAUGAAAUCUUACGAUCUAACCCAAAGGGAAGCGAAAGCCAACAAUGCAACUAGCAGGGUCGAAGAAAUUUUGAGAAAUGUUACUGAAUAUAAAGUGCCAGUGGAAAACCUUCAGUCUGAAGUUGAAAAAGUUGAAAAUGACUUGAAAGAUUUUAAUAAGAAGCUUGACGAUCUCUACAAUCAUACGCAGUUUUCAUUGAAUAUGGCAAAGGAAGCUGAGAAUAUAAUUUCAAAGAGCGGAAAAGACAGGUUGAGAAACAAACUUGACGAUAUUGAACAUCGAGUUACCCAGUCGAAAGCCAACCUCGAAGAGUCUGCUAAACUUCUGAAUAACGCUUCGGCCCUUCUGGACCUAUCGAUAGGAAAGCUGAAAGACCUUCAAGAUGCUCCGGAAGUUCUCGAGACUAACAACAACAAUUUCAAGAGCCAACUCGAGAACAACAGGGAAGAAUUGGAUGCUAUUGAAGAACUCAAGCCACAGGUGCAAGAACACGCCCAAAACCUGUCGGAGCGCGUCCAACAGCUGGAACACAUCCUCUCCGAGUCGCAGUUCGGCUCGACGGACGCCAUCAAGGCCGCCAGGGCGUACAAGGACAUAGUGGCCGCGGUCAGAAGCGCCCGAGCGGCCGCAGACAGCGCUCAUAACGACACCGACGACGCUGCCGGGAUCCUUGGAAACGUCCACGAAAGAACCAACGACGCAGAAUCCAUAUCGGCAAAGGUCUUGGAUGAUGCCCACGACUUACUGCAAGAAAAAGACAAACUAGAACCGAAACUGAAGCAGGUCUUAUCAGCGUAUGAGCCAGUUAGGAAGACAUACAAUACAGACGAGGAGUUGUUGAAGGAAGUGGAAAAGAUUUUGGAAAAUAUCCAGGUGAAAGAUUUGGGAGAGGCGUACAAGGAGGCUUCCAAUAAUGCUGAAGGAGCCAUCGAGUCGAUGGCUGAGGUGAAAGAAGUUGUCAAUACAUCAUUCAGUGAGUUACCUAAGGAAACGAAGCAAGCACAACUCCUUCCCAAGGAACUAGAUGAUAUGAAACGCAGUCUUGUCCAAACCGAGAAACAAAUCAACACAGUAAACGAAAAAUUGCCACCUGUCGUAGAGAGUCUCAAUGAACUACCGAGAAUCCAGGAAGACCACAAGAGAAAAUCAAACGGUAUAAAAUCAAAUUUGAAAAAACUGACGCAGCAGAUUGAAUUAGCCAGAGAUAUAGCGAACAGGAUCAAAGUUGGCGUGAAAUUCUUACCGAAUACGACUUUGGAGUUGAGGAAUCCGAAGAAUAUCGAAAGUCUCAGUACUUCUACUAAAUUUUCUGGGUAUUUCAAGACCGAUCAGCCGAAUGGACUUAUAUUUUAUAUUGGGAACCCUAAUGGCACCAAUUUACCAAAAACUAAAUCGGAUGAUUACAUGGUACUCAUCAUCCAAAACGGAUAUCCAGUUCUCAAGUUGAACAUUGGUAAUGGUAAUGAACAAAUCAUCAAUCCAAAAUUCGUGUCUGACAACCACUGGUAUCAGUACAUCGUGGAGAGAGUCGGAUUCAAUGCCAAGCUGUCAAUACGUGAAGAAAUUAAAGAUGGAGUCGAUAAUGUAAUUGAAAAAGAGAAGGCUUUAGCCGGUCCAUACACGAUGUUCAAUUUAGACGAGAAGAAGUCAAAAAUAUUUGUUGGGAGCUUCCCCAGCAACUAUGAGAUGCAAGAAGGAAUCGAUUUUAGCUCUUUCGAUGGUGAAAUUGAGGAUUUGGUAGUUGGUGAUACUCCAUUGUCCUUGUGGAAUUUCAAUUAUGGAUAUGAAAAUAGUCGGGGAGCACUUGAAAGGGAUAGGCUGGUGAAUUUGGCGCCAAGUACUGGGUUCAGGUUCAAUGGAAACGGGUACGCCAUUUUGGAUUCCAGAUCACUCCAGAUUAGAUCGAAAUCGGUGAUUCAACUAAAUUUCAAGACAUUUGCAACAACUGGACUACUGUUCCUUGCUUUCAAAGGAAAAACGUUCAUUGCUCUCGAAUUGAAGAAUGGAAAAGUCGUUUACCAGUACAACCUGGGCGGCGCCACCAAACGAUGGGUCACCACCGACGCCUACAACGACGGCGCCUGGCACAAGAUAGUCGCGUCCAGGGACGGCGCUAGGGGCCAGCUGGUGGUCGACGAUGAGGACGUCAUCGACAGGACCGUACCCAUAACCGGUACGACCUUGGACCCCAUCGACACGAUCUCGUUCGGCGGGUACCCGAGCCGACACCGCUACGGCGACGUGACCGAGACGAGGUUCGACGGGUGCAUCAACAAUGUCACUAUCAUGGGCGGGCCGGUGGAUUUGCGGAACAACAUCAAGGCGUAUGACGUCACGCCAGGGUGCCCCGAUCAGGUAGCAUCAAUGGUCUCAUUUGGCAAUGAGUCUAGCCACUACGUCGGAUGGAAAGGCCUACCACUCACGAAUGAGUUCAACGUCAGUCUCAAAUUCAGGACGAAUAGAGAGAACGGGCUAAUUUUCUACAUCACCGACCCCGUCCAGGACAACAGCAUCUCUCUAUCUUUGAAGAACGGUUAUCUCGUAUUGGUGGAUCAAAACAUCGAGCUCGUUUCGAAGGAUACCUUCAACGAUAGUACUUGGCAUGUGGUUUCUGUUAUCCAUAACGAUAAGUUUUUGAGGAUGGAUACGGAUGACUAUGGUUUCAGAGUAACCGAUGACGCCCCUCCAUACAUUCAUUCUUUCCAAACCAUCCUUUAUGUGGGUGGCCUACCCAAACGAGUCGUCGCUAGGACUGGUAGAAUAGCGUCCGACGCCCCCUUUUACGGUUGCAUCGCCGAUUUGACUGUCAACGGUAAAGUGAAGAACUUCGCUAACACUACUGACAGACAUGCCGGUAUCUUGGACAAAUGUAUAUUCGAUCAUUUUACAAGCGAUUUGAAUCAUCCAGAUCCAGUGCUGACACCAAUCAAACCUUUACAAGCUGUCACUACUGAAACAUAUCAAGUAAUCACCGAGAGCCCUGAUAGUCAAUUCGCCACAGUCCGAGGAGACGGCGGCAACGACUUCGCCCCCGCGACCUCCCGACCCCGCCCCGAACCGGCAGUCACGCCACCGCCGCCUCCCGAAGAGUCGGUCACGCAAUGGCAGCCCGUCGAGCCGGAGAUACCCGAGAGGCGGCCUGACGUCGAGCAGCCGGAGGUGCCGGUCACGGAGAUCGUGCCGCGCGUACGCACGACGGUGGCGCCGCGCGGGCCGGUCGGCAGUCCGCCGCCCACCACGCCCAAGCCGCCGCCCGUCGAGGGGUGCGCGCUGCCCACCGAUCCGGUGCAGGAGAGCGUGCAGGUCGUUGGAUACAGAUUCGGUACGGCAGAUCAACAAAGCCGACUGGAAUUCAGCACUCCAAGAGGAAAAUACAAGAAGAGUUUCGAUUUCAGAUUUGAAUUCAGAACGAGAGAGACAGAAGGUAUCCUUUUCUAUGUUUCUGAUAGCACAAGAGUACCUUCGCAAGAACACAAGCAUUAUGCUGCUGUAUAUUUAAUGGGUGGACAUGUUAUAUUCUCAUUCAAAGGAGAAGCUGAUGCUCUUGUCAUAAAAUCCGCAAAUGUCUACAAUGACGACAAAUGGCAUUUGGUCGAAUUCAACCGUGAACAGUCCAAUGGUAAAUUGGUAAUUGACGAACAAGAUAUACAAACUGGAACCACAGAGGGAAAAACUCCUAUUUUGGAUUUGCAUGUUCCGUUCUAUAUUGGUGGACUGAAUCCAGAUCACUACAACUCUGUUCAAGUGAACUUGAAUACAACAACUUCAUUCUCGGGUUGUAUAAAGGGGAUAUCUAUGAACAACAAGCCACUAGAACAGCCAGCAGAUUAUGGUGUGAUUCCAUGCUCUGAUAACGUAGAAGUAGGCACUUUCUUUGCAGGAGAUGCAUCGACUUAUAUGAGAAUCAAAGAUAAAUACAUGAUUGGAGAGAUGUUCAACAUCAAGAUGGACAUCAAGCCGCGAUCCGAAUCGGGUGUGUUGGUAGCCGCUCACGGCAGAAGAGACUACUACGUCUUGGAAUUGGUGAACGGCACGCUCAAGUUGGUGGUGGAGAACGGCAAGGGGCCGGUGGCGGUAGCUUACACCCCGCCUCAAAAGACGUACCAUCUGUGUGACGGCAAUUGGCACAAUAUCCAAGCUGUCAAGUCGAAGAACGUCGUCACUCUGUCGGUCGACAACCUCUUCACCGACCCGAAGAUCGGGCCGAGCCACUCGACCUCGACCGAUACGGGCAGCGCCCUCUUCUUGGGCGGCCAUCGGUACAUCAAGAGGGUGCGCGCCAUCCAUUCGAGGGUGGCGUUUGUCGGGUGUAUCAAGAACGUCGAGAUCAACAACGAGCCCGUAGAGUUAUUGUCCAGCAUGAUCAACGGGAACGUCACCAUCGGGUUCUGUCCCACCAAUUAG